AUGGACGGGGAUUUCUUCCUGGAAAGCUACCUUGACCAAUGCACCAGCCAGGAUGAUCUUGCCUCAAGCAGUCCGCCACCCUAUGCUCCCUUGAGUCCCUUUGCGGCCGACCUGCCCCUUCCCUCGAUCCCGGACGUAUCGUUUGAUGCCCGGCCCGACCCGACCAAAGACUUCUCUACCAGCUUCUCUUCGGUCGACCUCAGCUUCCUCCCGGACGUCCUAGGUCAGGAUAAUGAGCACGGCGAUGGUGGCGUGCCGAAAGAGGACCCCGACUCUCCAUCGGCAAUGCAAGACAGUGGCGUGGUCUUGGAAGAUGGCGGUCGGUCUCCACGGAGGGAUGGAAAUGCAGCCCAGCCGUUGCCAGACGCGUCGGGGGUCUGUCCCCCCUUGACACCAAUGACUCCGAUGACCCCAGCUUCAGAGAGUUCGGGCAUCGUUCCACAGUUACAGAAUAUAGUGGCCACCGUGAACUUGGCUUGCAAGCUAGAUCUCAAAAAUAUUGCCCUUCAUGCCAGAAAUGCAGAAUACAACCCAAAGAGGUUUGCCGCUGUGAUCAUGAGAAUCAGAGAACCGAGAACGACAGCCCUGAUCUUUAGUUCCGGCAAAAUGGUCUGCACGGGGGCGAAAAGUGAAGAGCAGUCCCGGCUGGCCGCCAGGAAGUACGCCCGGGUGGUGCAGAAACUCGGGUUCCCGGCGAAAUUCCUCGACUUCAAAAUACAGAACAUGGUGGGCAGCUGCGAUGUGAGGUUCCCCAUCCGGCUGGAAGGCUUGGUUCUAACUCACCAGCAGUUCAGUAGCUAUGAACCAGAAUUGUUUCCUGGCCUCAUAUACAGAAUGGUCAAGCCAAGAAUUGUAUUGCUCAUCUUCGUGUCUGGAAAAGUAGUAUUAACCGGUGCCAAAGACCGGUCAGAGAUAUAUGAAGCCUUUGAAAAUAUAUACCCUAUUCUGAAAGGUUUCAAGAAAGUAUCUUAAUCUCCGAAGAACGGAUAGGCUCAUGGGUUUUUUAUA